AUGCUCCAGGACAUUCAAGGCGUGUGUCUUGACUUCUCCAACCGGUCCCCCGACUCGCUGAACCUCCUUCAGGGUUUCUCGCAGCGCGAGUACUCGGGACGCAGUGAAUGGAGCAUGACCGUGCAGCGUAUCCUUGAUUCCUGGUAUUUCGGCUUCGGCAGCCCCGCUGUUGCUGGAUUCCUAGAAUCCUAUGCAAGGGACCAAAACGGCAGCACCGUGGACACCUCCAUGCACGCCAAUAUUCGAGAACAGUUGAAUGACCUCCUGCGCCUGUCCAGCACCUGCCCUCUGCAGGAUGUUCGGGCAGCCUGCGUGAAUAUCAUGGAGGAUCUGAAGAUGCCUCACCUCAAAUGUAUCCUUGAGAAGCCCUCUGACGAUGAUGUUCUCUACACGGUGAGUUGUGUCAGUCGAUUCCUAUAA